CCUAAAGCUUUUGAUAAUUUGCCUGCGAAUUUUUUUGUGGUUAAAAAUUUUAUUAUAUCAUCGUCGUCGAGGAAAAACCACUGCGAUGAGGAGGCCUCUCAUCGGCUCUGGAUCUCUUUGGAUCGGAGAUUUAUCGAGCUCUGAAGUGACUACUGAAUUAGAUCUUGAAGAAACUUCAAAGGCGGCGGCAGUGGAUUUGAAGGAGCUUAGUUGGGAUUGGGAUUUUAGGGUUAGAUUUUACAUGAUCCAUGAUCGUUCUGCUGUUAUGGUUUGGAGGCUAUUGGCUACUAAAAUUGAUGAUAUAGGCGUGAUUUGAAAAACUAAAAUUUUGAUUUUAUCAUGGUUUGGAUCUAUGGAUUCAUGGGGGAUCUGCUUUUUGUAGCAGUAUCCCCAUGGUCCCUGAACUCGAUCAUUCCACUACUGAUUCUAUGUUAUAUGUGCUUAUAUAUCUGGAUCGAAGAAGUUUCAGAGCUUAAUUGAAGACUUCAGAGCACUGCGAGUUGAAAUUUCUUGUUAUGAAAUACCUACAUACCCUUUUUCGAAACAUAAGAACACUGCUGCUGCUGAGCGCUUGCAAAGUAGUGGGAGGAAAUUAUGUUAAAUUAUAAAGCCCCUUAUUUUGGGCAUAGUAGACUCAAACCCCUUCUUUGAAUGAACCAACUGCUCUCUGUUCCUUGUCCUGUUUAUGUUAGAAGAAGAGUCUUUGUUGUUCCAUGAACCAUAUUCGGAACCGAGGGGAGUUUUUGGAGUGUCCUCCAAAACUGAUUAACACCAUCUGCCUUAAGGUGACGUUAACUUUUAUGUUCUUUGGAGACUUCGAAGAAAAGAAAAGGAGUUUAGCAGGAUAGAGGGAACCCCAUCACAACUCAUUUUUGUGCUUGCCCUGGGGGUGUACCCAUCAAUCUGGCGCGGAGUAGGAAGCAAGCAAGAACAGCAUCUUGCAAAACUGCUGGCGGCAGGCAAACAGUGGAUGGGAUUAGAUCUAUUUCCCAAAGCAUGAUGAAUACAGUACGAGUAGAACUUACAAAUUCUAUUAGUCCAGAUUUGAGUUGGAAGGUUUCAAAGGGUUACAGAAGUGCACCAAGGCGAAGGAAACAGGUUGAUAAAGGACCAAAAUCGGGUGCGGAGCCAGCAAAUAAAAGUACUAAAAGUUCAUCUGAAACAACUGUUUCUGAAUCAGAGAAGCUUGGUGUGGCUGUACUUGGAAGACGGUUCAGCGACAAAAUUGAACAUGUGCCGAUUAAGAAAAGAAGAUUUAUGGUCCGUUCUCCGUCACCACCCCCUCGCUUAUCUUCUCAGUUACCUGAAAACAAUCAACCAGGUGUGGGUGAUCUACGUGCUUCAGGUCAGAAGUCAUGUUCUAAAUCAAUUGCCAAAAAGCAUACAACAAGGAGUGAUACUUCUUCGGUGACUAGUUUUACUCAUAGUGCUGUUACUGUUAACGAGAGUUUAACUGAGCCGGCAAAUGAAAAGCCUGGUUAUGGGGAGGACUUCUCUGGUAUUGAGAUAUUGGCUGCUGCUGCCUGCAACAACAGCAUACAUGAUGAUAUAGGUGAAGAAUUAUCACGAGAAGGGACGAAUGCAUCAACCUCUGCGAGGCCCUUGGCGAAAACUGUUGCAUCCUUUUCAUCAACGCCAAUGAUAACUGAUUCAGAAAUAUCAGAAGGAAGAGAUGCAUCAUUGGAAACAAUUCAUUAUUCGCCUAAAGAUGUAGUACAUGAAGAUAAAAUAGAGAACUCCUUUGUUGAGGAUAGCUUGGUUAAAACUAAUAUUGGUGACGGAGAUGACCAAGCAGUAGCAUCUUCAAAGGAUGUUAGGUUGCACUGGGAUCUAAAUGUUUGUAUGGAUGCUUGGGAGGAGCCUUGUGAUACGGUGAUGGUUGAUCCUCAAGCAAAUGCUGUAGACGUCAUCUGUAUUGACAGACAGAGCGAAAAGCAGCCAGUUUCACAAGAUGGUGAUGCACAGGGAUCCGUAGAAGCUAAGAAUCCUGAACUGCUUCCUGUGGUUGAUGAUGUGGAACAGGGAUUGAAAGCAUCCCCGGACUCUGAAAUAAGUUAUGGUAAAAGUGGCCUGGCUGAUAAUGCUCUAGGAUCUUCAAAAGAUGCAGGUGUGGUUACAGACAAUUGCAAUCAGGAUGUCAGCAUGGAUGCAUGUGGUGAUAAUUCCUCCUGUGUUCGCUUUGACAAUAUUGCACGCACACCUACUGUGCCUGUAGAAAAGAAUGGAACACCACCUGCCAGUAUUGGUGCACAACUGGGUGACACUAACUGUUCAGGAAAGAUCCAGCUCGAAAACCCUGCUAUAACUUGUGUGCCUGUUGUGGAAGGGGUUUCUUGUGAGAUGGGCAGCACUGUUGUAGAUGAUGAUGGUAAGGGCUCUGCUGCAACAUCCAGCUUCCAUGAUGAUCCAAAAUCCCCAGAAGAGAUGACAGCGGUCGAGAGCUGUCACUUACAGAAGAGUUGUCCAGAGGUCAAGCCUGUAUGCAAAACAGAAGAUGUGAUUAAGCCUGCAUCAGGUGCAUCUGUUGGUGAAGGCCUCUCUUUGGUGACUUUAAUUGUAAAGGAUCAGGUUGAAGCUGCAUCUCAGAUUCAUACUGUUAAUUCUCUACAAAAUGCUGGGUCUCUAGAAGUAAUGCCUAAAUCUUCUGUGAGUGCCACAAAGGAUCCUCCAGCUGAUGCUGGUCCCUCCCGUAACGAGCAAUGCCACUAUGGUGAUGGUACUGCAGGAAGUAAAGUCACUACAGUAGAUUCUUCUGGUGUCAACAGUCACUUGGAUGAUAAGGAUCACAUGGUUGCCAACAACAACCCUACGGAACAGGAGGUCGGAUAUGAUUCUCAAUAUGAGGACGGGGAGUUGAGGGAAUCAGAUGUACCUUAUUGGGAGGAGAAUGAAUUUGACGAAGUUGAACGUGUUGAUUAUGGUUCUGAUACAUGUGACACUGAUGCUGCUGAUGGCUCUGUAUCAGGAAAAGUGGAAUGCAGUGAAUUUUGCGGGGUAGAAUCUAGGAACAUUAACAUGAACGUACAGGUUGUGCGAGGAUUGAGCCUAGGUUCUGAUAAUAUGUGUGGAAAAGUUGAACAUAGUACCACUGGAAAUGCUUUGAGACAAUCUUCAGUGGGUUCAAAGACGAGAACUUCUGGAUCUGAACAAUUGCCCGGUGAUUCUGAAGCUUCUUCAAACAGAACUGCAGGAGCAACUGAGGGUUGCACAAUAAGAAAACAUACCGGUGAUUGCUUUGAUGGCCUUAAUGGUAAAGAUCCUGCCAAAGUGGAUGGAUCAAUGACAUCUGAUACCUUGAAUAGGAUGGGAACUUCAUCUGGGAGGAGGUAUGACUCUUUUGAUUUCUCCACUCACUCUGAGGAGGUCGGUUCUGAUUAUUCCAUGGGAAAGGAAAGAUCUGAUUCACGUAUGCUUGGUAAGAGUUUGGGAGGUGUUCGUUUUGCUUCUAGGAGUUAUUGGGAUUCCAAACGUCGUGGAUCACCAUCUUAUCGUGGUUCCUUUGGUUCUAGCCGCCCUAGACCAAGAAGUGGUAUCGAGAGUGAUGAAUAUGCAAUGGAUCCAGAUGAUACAUUUUCAGAAGCGGCAGAGGUUGCAGGAGUUCACAAUCGUGUUCGCAGACAAGCUAUGAGUUAUAAUUCAAAUCGUUCUUAUCAGCCCACAUUUAGAAGAAGAUCCCCAGAUACACAUAGGGGGAUGAUACCUAUGAGGGAUAUAAGUCCUGAUAGGAGGAGAAGAUAUCCACAAGGGGUUGGUAGAGGUAUGCGGGAUUACCACAGGCCUAUUCCCAACGAGCUCAAUGACAGUUCUUAUGAUGGGCCACGUCGUAUGACCAGGAGAGAACCAAGCGCAUCUCCCCCCGGCAGGGGACCUUAUUAUGGUAGACCCAAGUUCCAGUCUAGAGGCAGAAGUCGAUCUCCUCUUGCAUGGGAACGGAAUGAGGUUUCAAGACAUCGUGGUAGCAGGUCCCCUGAUUAUAGAUUUGAUGGUAAAAUGGAGAGGGGGAGAGUGCCCUUUCAGAAGAACAGUUUUGGAGCAAAGUAUGAAGCAGGGUUCUUUUCCCCACCAAAACGUCGGUUUUCCCCACAACACAAUUCAAGAUGGUUUGAUGAUCGCAAUGGUGCUGGAGAUCAUAAUUUCAGAGGCAGGAGAGGAGGUGGAAGGAGAUUCCAACCGAGCCAAAGGUUUGAUUCAGUGCGUUCUCGGAGAGUGGAUUCAGAUGAUUAUUUUGAACCCAUUGUUCGUCCAAGAUUCUCUGAGUUGAACAGUGGUGGUAGGGAAUGUAGAUUUGAGGGCAGUGAUGAAGAUAGAAGGAAGCCUGAAGGAAGAUUUCAAAUUGUUCAUCGUGUGCGGCGUUAUGAUUCUGAAGGUGUUGUGCGUCAGUUCCGUUACGAUGAAGAAGAUCGGUUUGCAUCCCGCAAUACACAGAACUUUGAUGACUGCGAUAAUAGGGGCGCUGAUCGACGGCCUCGAGAUGUUUACCUAGGAGAGCAGCAGCAGAUAGAGAACAGAAGGGUAACUAAGCAAUAAUGACAGUAUUUAACUCCAGCUUUCAACUCAUUCAAACUGCGAGAUGCAUAAUUUGAGAGGAAAAUCUUCAUCACCUUUGCGUCCGCUAAACAUUUCUGUUUAUGCUCGAUUUCUUUGCCAAGAUAGGAGUUCUUCAAUUUUUGGUUUUCCUUUUUACGGUAAAAGAGGUCCAAAUAUUCGCUGUUCCCGGCGGCUUGUCACUGCUUGUGGAAGCAGCUGCUCUUACCAUUCUGAUUGGCGUAGGCAAGAUUUUUUUUAGGUAGGGCCUAAUGUUGCUUUGUUAUCAUCUUGCAUUUGUUUUCACCUUAGCUUUUUUUAAUUGAUUAGUGAAAGAAUAUGCCAAGCUUUAGUUUGAAGGCUUUUUCUUGAUUCUCCA